GCGGCGUUUAUUUCAAAUGGCUUGAAGUUAUGAAUAUACAAUAUAAUUGAACAUUACUGAACCGUUGUGUUACAUAUGAAUCUGGCCUAAUAUUUAGCGAUAUCAAUAUGCAAUUUAGAAGCGAAAUUUGAAAUCACGUUCACAUACCUGAAAUGUCAAAUACAUCUAUAUAUUGGUCAAAAAUUCGAUGCGAGUACUAUAGCAAGGAGUGAAUAAUUCAAGGCGUGAAUUCAAAUUACAGGAAAUACGCUAUUGGAAAACUUUAAGUUUAGUCGUUAAAAGUCACGAUAAAUUAAAAGGUUUUCAUUCAGCCAUGCGAGGUUAUUAAAAAAUGUUUUGUUUUCUAAUUGAAAAUUUCAAGCAGAUCUCUAUAAAAGAAGCUAUGCUUACAUCUUAAUAUGUAGUUAUCUCGAAUUUUUCGCGCACUUUAUUGAACAAAGCGGUUCAGCGAUCCGUACCAAUAUAUAUAAUAUAAACUCCUCAGUAACCGCUAAAUAAGAUAAUAUAUUGAUAAUAGAAAAAGAGUCGUCUUUUUACUUAAGAAGAUUUUAAAUUUGUUUUAAAUAUAAAAAGUUUAGAUAUCUCACAUACAAGUUUAAUUUUGAGAUAAUUGAGAAUAAAGCUUCUUCACAAAAAUCAUAUUUAAAGUAUUAGUACAACUUUUGAAAUUUUAAAUGUAAAUUGUUAAAUUUUAAAUUUUAAAUAUUCAUUCGAAAAUACGUUUUCGAAAAAUUGUUAGUGUAAAUUGGAUCUACAAGAACAUAAAAUAAUUAAGAAUAGCAAGCAAUUAUAUAUAAUGGAUGCUUGUAAUCUUGUGAAUAAGAAAAAAGAACAAUCGGUUCUGUACGCUUCAUUUCCGGAAAUGAGUAACCUAUGUUGUGCAAUUUGCGAAAUUGAUUUUCUUGAAGUUCAUGAUGCAUCGGCGAAAUCAAAUUUUCAUUGGCAAACAAUUAAGUGCCGAUUACUUAUUCAUUUAAUAUCUGACGUUAUUGCUUCACCAGUAAUGGGUACAGAAAGAUAUAUAUUUGUUAUAACGCAUAAACAAUUUUCUCAAAAUGGUAGAUUGGAACAAAUUUUAAGAAAUUUUAAACUAGUGUAUCAAGGAUCAAGACCAGUUACUACAGAAGUUUAUAAAAGUUGUCUUAGGUAUACCAUGCAAACUAAGAUAGCUCCUUUGUGGAAUAAAGUUGAUGAUUAUUUUGUUCAAGGAAAAAAUUUUUAUAACUUUAUAGAAGGAACUAGAGCAUUAAAAUUAGAUGUACUUAUAGAGGAUAGAAAAAUGUGUUUGCAACUUCAUGCAGAAAUACUUAAAAUUCCAUAUAUAAAACUUGAAGACUAUCUUUCACCAUCUAUUAUAUCACAUUUUUUAGCAGACCCUAAAGGAUACGUCGAUUUAUCUCGUUAUAAUCUUCCAUUUGUAUAUGUAUUACCAAGUACAAAGAAAGCCAAACUAUUAUCUGUGUCUAAAGAACUUCCAGCAAAAUGUGCUUUUAAAGAUUAUGACCAAUUACGUAGACACUGGAAAAAUAUGUAUGGAUAUUAUUUACCAAAAAAUAAAGGUGGAAUUUUAUUUUAUGAAAUUAAAUUUUUGAUUUCCAAAUCCAAGGUUUUUACAUAUCCUCAUAUGUGUGUAGCAAGUAGUCCAUUAGAAAUUAUUCCAAAUAGAGAGAAAGAAUCUACAAUUACACAGUUUUUAUCUGAUAUACUUAUGAAAUUACCUGCAGUUUGUGGUAAACGGCUACAGAUAUCCAAGGAUACCCCAUUUGAUACAAAAUCUUUAAAUAUAAAGUCAAGUAAUGCAUCACCAAAGGACAGAGGAUUAAGUACACACCUUAAGGAAAAGGAGAAUAUCGUCUCACAAUUAGAAUUGUCUGAUAAAUAUAUAGGUGGGUUGACAAAAGAUGUAAAUGCUGCUAUAUCAUUAAGAACACGAUUAACUAAAAUUCAUCAAAUUCAACAAAAAUUAAACAACAGGGAUGUGAAAGAAAAUCAAAGUGGUUUUCAAUGUUUAAAUACUAUUCAAAAUUCAUCUAUACAAAAUGUGGAAAAUAAUUUGAACACAGUUAAUACAUCAAGAAACCCAAAUUUUACGGUAUCAGAGGAAAGAACAAUUUCUACAUACUUUAAAAUUCAAAACAUGAAUUCUUAUGCUAAGACAAAAGGGCUACCGCAGGAAAAAGAUCAAAGACAAAAACAUUUAACACUGAAGGAGAAACUAUCAAAAGCUAAAUCUGAUAAAGAUAGCAGCUCAUCUGCACUGACAAUGGUAAAAAUGAAUCAGUUGGAUCAAAUGAAGAAUAGUGAAUUGAGCGAUUGGCUAAAAGAGCGUUCAAUUCCACAUAAUUCUAAAGGAAAGAAAAGUGUACUUAUUAAUAAAGUAUUAUCGCACAUCAAGAAUACAACAAUUUUACAGCCAUUCCGUAUGUAAAUGUAUCUUUAUAAGCAAAAAUAGAAAUGUAUCAUAUGUGUUCUUAAGGGUACUAAGUUAGUAUAAAAAAUAAUACUAAUAUGCUAUAACAUAACAUAUUAUAUUUUUACAUUUAUACAUUAAAGCAGCUUUAGUAUAUAACAAAUAAAAUGAUAAUAUGUAAUUAGAUAUAAUUAAUAAAAGGUAAUAAAUUCGUUUUGUAUCACAGA